AUGUCCAUCGCCCCUGCUCUCAAAGCCGCUACCCGCUCUGCAUAUCGGGAUGUGCUUCGCGCCGCAUCGGUGACCUUCUCUGGAGAUCAGCAAGUGCUCCAAGCUUUCCGUUUAAAAAUUCGGAAUGAUAUCAGUCAGAACUCAGCCACAGACCCGGAAGCAUACCAGAAGCAUAAUCAAUUUAUAAAAGAUGUUGCUCAGGUUUUGCGGAAGAACGUCGUUCAAGGCGUCCACAUAAAGGAGCCGGGUGAGCAUGAUGGAGGCUCGCUUUAUCGCAUACGUAUGACUAAGGAUACUGAGCUUGGAGACAAUGAUUCCAUCAAGAACCCUCCACCCAUUGAGUCCAGUCGCAGCGCCCGUCGGAAAGAAAAGGGCCAGCCACACAAGCAUUUGUUAGAUGCUGUUCCAACUGAUACUGACUUACCCUCUUCUUCUAAUUCCCCUCCCCGUUAUUUCUCUGCCCUCAAGAAAGCCCACAAAGAGCGUGUUAUCCCAGAACUUCUAGAAGAAGACUUGGAAGAGCAAUUUGUCAGAGGUAGUGGACCGCUUGACCAAUUAGCGAACCCGGGUCUGUCGAAAGAAGCGAUGAAGGCUGCCAAACAACGCGAACGCGAGCGGCAAAGGAGAAAAAAGGCUAAGAAAAAAGCGCUGCAAAAGAAUGCGCAGAAUAGUAAAGAUGAUGCGGAUUGA